AUGGGGAACACAGCUCAGCAAGCCCUGCUUGCCGCCGUCUGGGUGGCCACCUCCAUCUCUUGGGCCGAGGCUGAGAGCACGUGUCCAGAGGUGAAGGUCGUGGGUGUUGGGGAUUCCGACAGACUCAGCAUCCUCCGAGGCUGCCCUGGACUUCCUGGACCUUCCGGCCUCAAAGGGGAACCCGGGACAGCUGGACUCAGAGGAGAAAGUGGUUCUCGGGGCCUCCCUGGGAAGGUGGGACCAGCCGGCAUCAAAGGAGCCAGAAACUGCCAGGAGCUGCAGGCCAAGGGCAUACUGCUGAGUGGCUGGUACACCAUCCACCCCAUCGGCUGCAGGCCUCUGACCAUGCUGUGUGACAUGGACACUGACAGUGGUGGCUGGACGGUGUUUCAGAGACGGGUGGAUGGCUCCGUGAACUUCUACCGGGAUUGGGUGACCUACAAGAAAGGCUUUGGCAGCCAGCUGACCAGCUUCUGGCUGGGCAAUGACAACAUCCACUGCCUGACUGCUCAGAGGAACAAUGAACUCCGCGUCGACCUCAGGGACUUUGACAACAUCCAUUACUUUGCCAACUACCGAUCCUUCAAGGUGGCGGGAGAGUCGGACAACUACAAGUUGACCGUGGGAGAGUUUGAGGAUGGCACCGCAGGAGACUCUCUGGUCAAGCACAACGGCAAGCCGUUCUCCACCAGAGAUCGGGACAAUGACGAAUUCAGCUCUAACUGCGCUGAGACUUACAAAGGGGCCUGGUGGUUUGGAAAUUGCCUCAAAUCCAACCUGAACGGGCUGUACCUCCCUGGAUCUCACUCGAGCUACGGUGACGGCAUCAACUGGUCCUCCGGGAAAGGGUACCGUUACUCUUACAAGUUCUCGGAGAUGAAGAUCAGACCUGUUUAGGGCCGGUGGCCUAGGCCUUGUGCUCAAAUGAGGAUCUGAGUGGCAACCUUCUCAUUGGCCUUCUUCUUCAGAUGCCAGUUGUUUAUUUUGUAUCCCCAUCCAUCCCUCGCUCUCCCUCCCUUCUCCUCAGUCCCAUCCCUGCUUGCCUUUAACUGCCCCCUUGUUCCAAUAGAUGAGAAAUUCCCUGAAGGAUCAAUUCAUUUCCUUGGCUUGUGUGCUCGGAGAUAGGAGGCGCUCAAUAAAUGCCAUUUUUUGAAGAUGACGAUGGAGAGUUGGAACUUGGUUUCCAAAGCCUUUUCCACUGACUCAAAGGGGACAGAGCUU